UGGAGAAGAGCCAACACACACUGUUACUUUUUUCUGUUUCGAGCACGUUCUAAGUGUCGUAGGCUUAUCGGGUCCCCCAUUCUCAAAAAAACUUUUUCAGAUGAGGACACUGAAACAUAGGAGGGAAGUCAGGUAACCUGUCCAGCUAAUUAGUGAAAUAGCAAGGUUCAAACUCGGGCGUCCUGGCUCUAAAAUACCGUUUUGUUUUGUCUUGUUUUUUUUCCUUAACACUACACCAGAAUAAAAGGGCCGAGUCCACAGCGCUAAAGCAGGUCACAUUUCAGCGCUGGGUCGCGAGACAAUUACUCUUAACGGCAGCAGAAAACCUGACUUUACAUCAGUUUCUUCACCUAUAAAAUGGAGAGUUCGGUGUAGAGAGCGAGGUCAAGAAUGUGAACGUGAACUUCAAACUAUAUACGCAGCUUUACAAAGUAGUUGCUGAGACUCUGAGCGCAAGCAGCCGUGAACUGCAGCUUAUCGGUCUGCCCAGCUCGCAGCUCGGCGCCAGGCUCCGCCCCCAGGAGCGGCAGGUGGGGCCGGCGCAUCUCUGCGCAUGCGGAAAGCGCUGCCCGCGCCCACCUCUGACCCAGGCUGACAGUAGCUGCCGUUUCUGAGAGGUCGAUUCGUAAGGAGGCGCCCGGCCCGGUGCCCCUCUGCUCGCCCUUGUGCGGGUUCUUCUCGUACUUGAGCGGCGUCCAGAACACGGCCGGUUCCCGCUGAACUGCCUGACUGUCUGCGGAGCCUGCCACUGUUGGCUCAGUAGUAGACUGUCGAAAGUGCCGGCCCCCGCGCCGGCGCCGGCAGCAGCCGGGUGGGAAGGCUCAAGAUGGCGUGUCUGUUGGAGACCCCAAUCCGCAUGAGCGUCCUCUCGGAAGUAACAGCUAGCAGUCGCCACUAUGUUGACAGGCUAUUUGACCCUGAUCCCCAGAAAGUUCUACAAGGUGUCAUAGACAUGAAAAAUGCUGUCAUUGGAAACAACAAACAGAAAGCGAACCUCAUUGUUUUAGGAGCUGUUCCAAGAUUAUUGUAUUUGCUUCAGCAAGAAACGUCAAGCACUGAGCUAAAAACUGAGUGUGCGGUGGUACUGGGAAGUCUUGCUAUGGGUACUGAAAAUAACGUCAAGUCUCUGCUGGACUGCCAUAUUAUCCCUGCCUUACUGCAAGGACUACUGUCCCCAGACCUGAAGUUCAUUGAAGCUUGCCUCCGAUGCCUCCGUACCAUCUUUACCAGUCCUGUCACUCCAGAGGAGCUACUGUAUACAGACGCCACAGUGAUCCCACACCUCAUGGCGCUGCUGAGCAGGUCCCGCUAUACCCAGGAGUAUAUCUGUCAGAUCUUCUCACACUGCUGUAAAGGGCCAGAUCAUCAAACAAUUUUAUUUAACCAUGGUGCAGUUCAGAAUAUUGCUCACCUGCUAACCUCACUGUCCUAUAAAGUUCGAAUGCAAGCCCUGAAAUGCUUCUCCGUUUUAGCUUUUGAAAACCCCCAGGUAUCCAUGACCCUGGUAAAUGUUUUGGUUGAUGGAGAAUUGUUACCACAGAUAUUUGUGAAGAUGUUACAGAGGGAUAAGCCUAUUGAGAUGCAGCUCACAUCAGCAAAAUGUUUAACUUACAUGUGUAGAGCUGGAGCAAUUCGAACAGAUGACAACUGUAUUGUAUUAAAGACAUUGCCUUGUUUGGUUCGAAUGUGCAGUAAGGAAAGAUUACUAGAGGAGAGAGUUGAAGGAGCCGAAACACUCGCGUAUCUGAUUGAGCCAGAUGUUGAGCUACAGAGAAUUGCUAGCAUUACUGACCACCUCAUUGCCAUGCUUGCUGAUUAUUUCAAGUAUCCCAGCUCAGUGAGUGCCAUCACUGACAUAAAAAGGCUUGAUCAUGACUUAAAACAUGCUCAUGAACUCCGCCAGGCUGCAUUCAAGCUCUAUGCUUCUCUUGGAGCAAAUGAUGAAGACAUCCGGAAGAAGAUCAUUGAGACUGAAAAUAUGAUGGACCGAAUUGUGACUGGCUUGUCUGAGUCUAGUGUCAAGGUGCGGUUAGCUGCCGUCAGAUGUUUGCACAGUUUGUCCAGAUCUGUACAGCAACUAAGAACCAGUUUCCAGGAUCAUGCUGUGUGGAAACCCUUAAUGAAGGUUUUACAGAAUGCACCAGAUGAAAUCCUAGUAGUAGCAUCAUCCAUGUUAUGUAAUCUGCUUCUUGAAUUUUCUCCAAGCAAAGAGCCAAUUUUAGAAUCAGGAGCUGUAGAGCUACUUUGUGGAUUAACCCAAAGUGAAAAUCCUGCCUUAAGAGUGAAUGGAAUAUGGGCUUUAAUGAAUAUGGCAUUUCAGGCUGAACAAAAAAUAAAAGCAGAUAUUUUACGAAGCUUGAGUACUGAACAGCUAUUCCGGUUAUUAUCAGAUUCAGAUUUGAAUGUGCUGAUGAAGACAUUGGGACUUCUUAGAAAUCUCCUCUCUACUCGGCCUCAUAUAGAUAAAAUAAUGAGUACACAUGGAAAGCAAAUUAUGCAGGCUGUCACCCUUAUUCUGGAAGGAGAGCAUAACAUUGAGGUUAAAGAGCAGACUCUGUGUAUCCUAGCCAACAUAGCUGAUGGAACAACAGCAAAAGAGCUUAUUAUGACCAAUGAUGACAUCCUGCAGAAAAUCAAAUAUUAUAUGGGUCAUUCACAUGUCAAACUGCAGCUUGCCGCUAUGUUUUGUAUAUCAAAUCUCAUAUGGAAUGAAGAGGAAGGCUCACAAGAACGUCAGGAUAAAUUACGAGACAUGGGCAUCGUAGAUAUUCUACACAAACUGAGUCAGUCACCAGAUACAAACCUUUGUGACAAGGCAAAGACGGCACUGCAGCAGUACCUGGCAUGAUGGGAGCAGCCUGGGCACGUGCGAGCACCCCACGUCCUUGUCAAGGAAGUACAGGAACUAGCCUCAUUUGAUUCCUUCUAUUUGCACAAGUCACCUUGGACUGCAGGGAGCUGUUUUGCAAAAGCAGUUUAGUAGGCUUAGAUCUCAUUCAUCUUGAGAACAUUUUUUGAGGUAGUAAUUUCCUCAGAGGACUGUGUUUUUGUUUUGUUUUUUUUCUGAGCUACCUGGACUCUUUAUUAGAACAAUCAAUCAUUUUCCUUUGGACCUACAAUUUUUUGCCUAUGCUGCAGCCACUUUGUGAGAAUGAAUGAGUGUGUGUGUGUAUGUGUGUGUGUAUGUGUACAUGUGAGUCAAAAUGAGUGGAUGUGUGGUUGAGGGAUACCUCAGAUUUUUCUUUUCUUAUUUUGUGUGAAAAUCUCUUUUCUACAGAUUUUCCAGGGUUUAAGCAUUGCUUGCUGUAUAAAAAACUUUACUGAAUUAUAUACAGUUUGAAUGAAAUGUUAUUUUAAAAACAAAACAAUUGUUUAGUGUUCCAUAAAGGUUAUGUUGAAUUUUGGUCAGAUGAAUAUUUGUAAGUAAAAAAAAAAAAUAUAUGCACUUCUGAACCUCAACUUACAUAGAUUUUCUUUAUAAAAACAAAAACAAAAAAAGAAAAAGUUGGCUAUAGUUGGCCUGAAUAACAGGCACUAUACAUGGUGCUGUGCAAAGUAGUAGGCUAGCAUCUUACUGCUAGCAUCUUACUGCCAUCCAUAUUAGCAGGUACAGAGCCUUUCCUCAGCCUAUUUUAGUAAGCUUUCAGGCUUCCAACUCAGAAGAACAGGGUGGAGUGGAGUGAAAUGAGGUGACAGACUCACCAUAGUUUUUGUAAAACGUCAAAGGGAAAUAUAACUACUGAUAGUGAAAGCCCAGCCAUGAUCCAGUGGGCCACCCCUGACAGGAACUGGCCACUGAGAGCUGUCCUAAAUCCUGUCAUGGGGGUGGCGGUAUCGCAAGAUUUAGACGUGGAACUUUAUGCUCAAACUAAAUGUAGGUUGUCACUUCCUGGAAACAAAGUCAGAUCACUUUGUGCUUCCUGAAACAGCAUAUCACUGUGAAACUAGAGUGUUCUACAGACACAUUGUAGAGAGAAGCAAGAACACAAGGUCGUUUAGAAAGCUGUCUUUCUCUUAGCUCUCUCAGCAAAUUUAUACUAAUUGCUCAGGAAUGCUAGACGGUGUGCUUUUGUCAAAUGAGAUCCAAGAUCUUCUCCUGCAUGAAGCUACAACAGCUCGAGUUGAGAGGAAGGAAUCCCCCCAGGAUGACUGAGGAUGACUUCUUUUUACAGCGAGUACCUUCCACAGCCCUUAGCUUGGCGUCGGCUCCGGCUUCUGGGUCAGCUUCCAGGCGAACUCAACAGUUUGCUCUUGACUAUUUAAAGGUAGAACCAGCCUUCCUUUCCCCUUUGCUAGAAGAUCAGAGGCAUCAAGGCCAGGAUGUGAGGCCUUCGAUCCAGAAGCUUGCGGUGAGUGUGUGCCACUGAGGGCGCCCCGGGCCCAGCCACCAGCCACUCCUGAUGGGCGGUUCACUUUGCAGCCACCCAGUCACCGUCCUGCACCUUCCUCCGAAGAUUGAAAUCUGACUGAUUGAAAAUGAUGUUUUAAAAAUGUAUUUAAUGCAGUGUUUGCUGUUCUCAACAUGACCAGCCAAGAUCCAAACACAGAGAUUUCCAAGUGGUUAUUUUUUUCACAACUUCACAGAUUUUAAAAUGUAUUGUAACAGGAACAUGGGUUUUAUGCAGAUAGCAGAGCGCUACUGUGAGCAAAACAGUUUCAAGAAAAUCUAAUAUAUUGGGCAUAAAGCCCACUCAUUGUCACUUCUAGUAAUGAGAAAAUAUUUAUGGUUGGCGUUUGUAACACAAAACACUCUAGUGUUGAUACUAAAAAGUACCGGGUAAAUAGAAGGAAACCAAUAAUGAAUGCUGAGACAAUCUUGAACACAAAUAGUAUUAGAAAGCUGAAGACCCAAUGAAGUAAACAUGUUCACACUUCAACUCUGGAUGAAUCUUGCCUGUGACUAAACACAGUAGGCAAAUAAAAAGUGCUUUAUGAUAAUUCGCUUUCGAUUUGAAUGAAUGAAGGGAAAUGUAUUUAUUAAAACGGAGCUGUUUGCUGCUUUGCACAGGUGCAGUGCGAGUCAGCAAGGAAGUGGGAAGAAGGGGUCACGGUCCUGUGUCUGCUACCCAGGUUCUAACUAAGCUUCUUGCUCUAACACUGCAUUCUGUCUCUCCUCUUACGCCCUGAUUGUAACCCAGAAUUUAUGAACUAGAAAAGAAUGUCCAGUUUAAUGAGUUGCAUUUUUUCCUUAAGCACUUUAUUCAGAACAGUACAUGUUCUUCUUUUAGUGUUUGGAUAAUAUGAUUUUAACACAUGCUAAUAAAAGCCAAGAAAAAUCGUGGCAACUUCUAAA